AUGGCUCUCAUAGGAUUUGUGUACUUGGUUCCUCUGAUUGCUUCGGGCCCGCUGCUGUUCGACAUGUGGCCUUUGUUUGAACGGCCGUGCACCGUACAUUGGUGGAAGGUUCUCACCAUGACCCAGAACUACAUGGAUGAAUUCACGGAUAUGUGUAUGCCGCAUUUCUGGUACGUUUCGGUGGACUUCCAACUGGCUAUCUUCAGUACAAUCAUUCUAGUGGCAAUCGUCCCAAGGUGGCCUAAAGUGGGUAUCGCCUUUAUGGCAGCAAUUGUUAUCUCAACCACAAUAGCCGUGGGAGUAGUCACCCACCUUCACAACUACAUGCCUAUGUCGCUGGUCCUCACAACAAAUAUAAAGGCUUUAAUCGAGACUGGCAUGUACGUGUACAACAAGGCUUUUGCCCACGCCCCAGCCCUUUUCACUGGAAUCAUCUUCGGCUGCCUCGCCGCCAAGCCGCACCAGCUAUCUCGCAAGACACAGGCGUUCUGGUGGACGGUGGCGACAGUCUCCGCCUGCACGUCCCUGUUCGGCAUCUACUCCUGGAACAGAGGUCGUGCGCCCGAGCACCUCGAGACAGUGAUCUACGCCGCCAUGCACCGGUUCACCUGGGCCUUCGCCGUCUCCUGGGUCAUGUACGCAUGCGCGACAGGCCGCGGUGGACCGGUCAACAAGAUCCUCGCCAAUCCGCUCCUCUACCCGCUGGGACGGCUUUCGUUCGCCGUCUACCUGGUGCACGCUAUUGUGCUCGGAGUCAACGCCAUUCUCAGCAGGGAGAGGAAAUCUCAUCAACCCUUUCUUCAGGCUCAAGAUUACAUAUCAGCGACUAUCACGUCGUACGCAUUUGCCACCAUCAGCUACCUCUGCAUCGAGUGUCCAAUCGCCGUCCUUGACAACCUCGUGUUUGGAGGGGUCAAACCGAAGAAAGACUUAUCAGUCGAAGCGCCCAAGCAGAACGGAACGCACGAACUGAAGAGCGUUCACAUCGCGAACGGUGUUGCCAGCAAAGGGGCUCUCUCCAAGCCCAUCAAUGGUAUUCCCACGAGCGUAACCAGUGACGGCGACAGUCUACAAAACGAGGAAUACAAGAACCAGCAUAGUGCGCACGAAAACGCCGCCUAUGAAAAAGAAUUCGGGGUGAAAAUUAUCACCAACAAUAAUGAUUCGACGGUAACAGUACAGUUUUAA